UUUGUCCUCAACAAAGUAAAGCCCCGGGAUCCGAGUGUUUCCUAUAAAAAGUACACAUGAAGUGACUUCAUGUCAGUCGUUGUCACAGUACAGUUCCUUAAAUAGUAAUAUUCAAAAUGUUAAAAGUAGUUUUAUUUGUAGCAUUCUUCUGUGCUGUUAAUGCACAUGUUACAGUUAACGUUUUUAGUGAUGCAGAGGACCCUCAACUUGAAUUGAAAAGUUGCAGCCCUCUCAAUUGUGAUCAGACGUGUCGUCGCCUUGGCUUCCCUGGUGGCGUCUGUGUCAAUGGCAAAUGUAAAUGCGACAUCAUCAAAUCUGCAGAGGAUCCUGUAGUGGAAGUGAAAAGUUGUAGCCCUAGUGCUUGCGCCCAAAAUUGUCGUCACAUUGGCUUCCCUGGGGGUACCUGUGUCAAUGGCAAAUGUAAAUGCGAUAUCAUUAAAUCUGCAGAUAAUAUAAAAACUAGUGAUCUAGCGUUUUCAUGCAACGGCCUGUCUUGCUUCCGAUUUUGCACAAGUAUGGGAUUUUUAGGUGGCAACUGUGUGGGAGACCAGUGCAUGUGUCAUGGAAAAAAAGAUAUCACUAGCAACGAAAUGCCUACAGUGGACAAUGAUCUACAUGCAGAAGGCGCAGAAUCACCAUUGCCGUUAGAAACUUCACAACAAAUGUCAGUAAAGAAACCAAAGUGUGUCUUCAAAUAUUGCCUCCAAGCUUGUGUAUUAUAUGGCUAUAUCUCUGGAUACUGCGAUGCAAACGAUACCUGCAAAUGUGUUAAAUAAAGUUUUAAAUCCGAUAGCAAUCCGUUUUAAAAAUUGAAUUGGUAAGGAUUCAAAAAGUUACACUUGUAUUGCUAAGUUAACUAAUUUGACAAGACGUAAAAAGACAUAACAACGCAAAAAUUCGUUUUCUUCUGUCAAAUUACUUACCCAAUUUAAAAACUUUAAAUAAGUAUAGUCCGCACAAAGUAAAAUAGAUACUACUACUACUGUAUGUAUUUAAAAUUAAACUUAUUUUUUCCGGAUCUAAGUCACGUAUUUUUUUUUUCAAACAAACGUUCGGACCCUUUACAUAUCUCAUGGACAUGACUUGCUGAUAUGAUAAAGUUAUCAACCACUUAUGUCUAAUAUUUUUUUUAUAACACCAAGUGACGGGACGAACAAAUCGUGAGCCUCUGUGAGCAUAAAGUUAAGCAGCACUCAGAACCUUAAAUCACAAGGAUCUGUGGAGCACAUACACUGCGCCUAUUAAUGUAGUGGUUUCUAACUUUAAUAGAGUGGUGUGCAUUAAUAUUAGACAUAACUGGUUGGCGACUUUACCAUCUCGGUCAGCCGUAACCGUGGGACUUGUUGAGAAGAAAAAGGCUCGAACAGUUGGUUUAUUUGAUAACAAAUAUAGACGACAGAGAUCCGGGAAAAAGUAGUUUCAUUUCCUAUGUGUAGCAAUAGCGAAAACACAAGAACUAGGUAAUACUGUUACCAAUGUCAUUGUAUGCUUUUGUAAUAAAGAUGUAAUAAAAU